AUGAUCAUUGUUGUCUUCUUGAAAUUUUUCAUCAAACAUCCGAAGAGCAAACGUAUAGGGAAAUUACUGACAUGUUUAUUCAAACACACUGCUUUGAUCAAUGAAGGCGAAUUGUGGGUUGGAGGCUUAGCCUCGUUUUCUAUUGUGGUUUUGGUUUGUUUCGCUCACGUAUUCAGUCAUCAGUAUUAUAAACAAUAUCCAAUCGAAACAUCAUCAGAUUCGUUCUUUGCCUGCGAUUUAUCGUUGAGAAACGCCAAAUUCGAAACGAAUGUUCAAUCAUUAUCUGUUCCACAUUCAUUUACUGAACAAGAAAUGUUUGAUUUGAUGAACACUCAAGAAUUUGUUUUGAACGUUGAUUUCGUUAAUACAUUGAUUAAUUGUGAUGCUAUAUCGAUUGAGAUGCAGUUGGGUCAAACGUGGUCAAUUAUACGUUGGUUAACUUGUGAAAAUAAGAAUUCGGUUUUAUCUCUUUCCAUUCCACUUGCUUAUCAACAUAUUUCUGUUCGAAUUUUAUUAGAAGAUAUCAAAACAAUCGGAGCGUUGCGGAUUGGUCUUACAGGUCACGGACAUCAAAGUGAAAAUUUCACAUUGAGAGAAUUGAAUUUUUAUCAAUCCUUCUCGAAAAAUGGACAAAUUUUAGCACAAACUUUACCUGUAACGUUGUCGAUAACGAAAGUUAUCAACGAAACUGAAUCAUUGACCGGUGAAGAACCUGAUUUCGGUGGAAUCUUCAUUCCUACAUUUAUCGUUGAUUUAAAUAGUUUAUUUCUCUCAGCUGAUCAAUAUAUUCGGAACACGUUACCUUCAACAACAUUGUUACUUAUUCUCACUUAA